UCGAUUGGGGUUAUAAAUAUGAAUGCACAAAGCACAGGUAUCAUUUCACCAAAUGCUUCUGUGCAACUCGAACGUAAGGCGGUAGUGAUGAAGAAUAAAAAGUUUAAUUUUAAGCAAUUUGUAAUAUGUGUUGCGGUGACUGUAGUACUUACAAAAAUAGUGCACGUAAAAUCAGAACAUCAACAGUCAUUACAAAAGCAAAGUAAUCACUACGAUAGUGGUACUAAGUUUAUAAAAGCUCGGACAAGUGAAAAAGUUAACCACAUCCAUUUAAACAAAAACGAUGACACGGCAUCAAAGCUGAAUAUUGGAGCACCAUACUACUAUCAAAGAAACAUAACGAAUCCAACAAAAACCAAAUCGCCAACGGUUGAAUUAGAAAAUGCUAGCAAAGAUAGUUCGGGAAUUGAAACUACGGUAGAAGAUUCAACACCGAUUCCUGAGGAAUCUACCACUGUCCCCCAGGACACAACUAAUGAUCCUGACGGGAGCACCACAAGUGAAGACGACACAACUGUUACAACCGAGACGACCACCGAAAAACCUGAGAAUGAUACUACGGUAGAAGAUUCAACACCGAUUCCUGAGGAAUCUACCACUGUCCCCCAGGACACAACUAAUGAUCCUGACGGGAGCACCACAAGUGAAGACGACACAACUGUUACAACCGAGACGACCACCGAAAAACCUGAGGAUGAUACUACGGUAGAAGAUUCAACACCGAUUCCUGAGGAAUCUACCACUGUCCCCCAGGACACAACUAAUGAUCCUGACGGGAGCACCACAAGUGAAGACGACACAACUGUUACAACCGAGACGACCACCGAAAAACCUGCGGAUGAUACUACGGUAGAAGAUUCAACACCGAUUCCUGAGGAAUCUACCACUGUCCCCCAGGACACAACUAAUGAUCCUGACGGGAGCACCACAAGUGAAGACGACACAACUGUUACAACCGAGACGACCACCGAAAAACCUGAGGAUGAUACUACGGUAGAAGAUUCAACACCGAUUCCUGAGGAAUCUACCACUGUCCCCCAGGACACAACUAAUGAUCCUGACGGGAGCACCACAAGUGAAGACGACACAACUGUUACAACCGAGACGACCACCGAAAAACCUGAGGAUGAUACUACGGUAGAAGAUUCAACACCGAUUCCUGAGGAAUCUACCACUGUCCCCCAGGACACAACUAAUGAUCCUGACGGGAGCACCACAAGUGAAGACGACACAACUGUUACAACCGAGACGACCACCGAAAAACCUGAGGAUGAUACUACGGUAGAAGAUUCAACACCGAUUCCUGAGGAAUCUACCACUGUCCCCCAGGACACAACUAAUGAUCCUGACGGGAGCACCACAAGUGAAGACGACACAACUGUUACAACCGAGACGACCACCGAAAAACCUGAGGAUGAUACUACGGUAGAAGAUUCAACACCGAUUCCUGAGGAAUCUACCACUGUCCCCCAGGACACAACUAAUGAUCCUGACGGGAGCACCACAAGUGAAGACGACACAACUGUUACAACCGAGACGACCACCGAAAAACCUGAGGAUGAUACUACGGUAGAAGAUUCAACACCGAUUCCUGAGGAAUCUACCACUGUCCCCCAGGACACAACUAAUGAUCCUGACGGGAGCACCACAAGUGAAGACGACACAACUGUUACAACCGAGACGACCACCGAAAAACCUGAGGAUGAUACUACGGUAGAAGAUUCAACACCGAUUCCUGAGGAAUCUACCACUGUCCCCCAGGACACAACUAAUGAUCCUGACGGGAGCACCACAAGUGAAGACGACACAACUGUUACAACCGAGACGACCACCGAAAAACCUGAGGAUGAUACUACGGUAGAAGAUUCAACACCGAUUCCUGAGGUAUCUACCACUGUCCCCCAGGACACAACUAAUGAUCCUGACGGGAGCACCACAAGUGAAGACGACACAACUGUUACAACCGAGACGACCACCGAAAAACCUGAGGAUGAUACUACGGUAGAAGAUUCAACACCGAUUCCUGAGGAAUCUACCACUGUCCCCCAGGACACAACUAAUGAUCCUGACGGGAGCACCACAAGUGAAGACGACACAACUGUUACAACCGAGACGACCACCGAAAAACCUGAGGAUGAUACUACGGUAGAAGAUUCAACACCGAUUCCUGAGGAAUCUACCACUGUCCCCCAGGACACAACUAAUGAUCCUGACGGGAGCACCACAAGUGAAGACGACACAACUGUUACAACCGAGACGACCACCGAAAAACCUGAGGAUGAUACUACGGUAGAAGAUUCAACACCGAUUCCUGAGGAAUCUACCACUGUCCCCCAGGACACAACUAAUGAUCCUGACGGGAGCACCACAAGUGAAGACGACACAACUGUUACAACCGAGACGACCACCGAAAAACCUGAGGAUGAUACUACGGUAGAAGAUUCAACACCGAUUCCUGAGGAAUCUACCACUGUCCCCCAGGACACAACUAAUGAUCCUGACGGGAGCACCACAAGUGAAGACGACACAACUGUUACAACCGAGACGACCACCGAAAAACCUGAGGAUGAUACUACGGUAGAAGAUUCAACACCGAUUCCUGAGGAAUCUACCACUGUCCCCCAGGACACAACUAAUGAUCCUGACGGGAGCACCACAAGUGAAGACGACACAACUGUUACAACCGAGACGACCACCGAAAAACCUGAGGAUGAUACUUCGGUAAAAGAUUCAACACCGAUUCCUGAGGAAUCUACCACUGUUCCCCAGGACACAACUAAUGAUCCUGACGGGAGCACCACAAGUGAAGACGACACAACUGUUACAACCGAGACGACCACCGAAAAACCUGAGGAUGAUACUACGGUAGAAGAUUCAACACCGAUUCCUGAGGAAUCUACCACUGUCCCCCAGGAUACAACUAAUGAUCCUGACGGGAGCACCACAAGUGAAGACGACACAACUGUUACAACCGAGACGACCACCGAAAAACCUGAGGAUGAUACUACGGUAGAAGAUUCAACACCGAUUCCUGAGGAAUCUACCACUGUCCCCCAGGAUACAACUAAUGAUCCUGACGGGAGCACCACAAGUGAAGACGACACAACUGUUACAACCGAGACGACCACCGAAAAACCUGAGGAUGAUACUACGGUAGAAGAUUCAACACCGAUUCCUGAGGAAUCUACCACUGUCCCCCAGGACACAACUAAUGAUCCUGACGGGAGCACCACAAGUGAAGACGACACAACUGUUACAACCGAGACGACCACCGAAAAACCUGAGGAUGAUACUACGGUAGAAGAUUCAACACCGAUUCCUGAGGAAUCUACCACUGUCCCCCAGGACACAACUAAUGAUCCUGACGGGAGCACCACAAGUGAAGACGACACAACUGUUACAACCGAGACGACCACCGAAAAACCUGAGGAUGAUACUACGGUAGAAGAUUCAACACCGAUUCCUGAGGAAUCUACCACUGUCCCCCAGGAUACAACUAAUGAUCCUGACGGGAGCACCACAAGUGAAGACGACACAACUGUUACAACCGAGACGACCACCGAAAAACCUGAGGAUGAUACUACGGUAGAAGAUUCAACACCGAUUCCUGAGGAAUCUACCACUGUCCCCCAGGACACAACUAAUGAUCCUGACGGGAGCACCACAAGUGAAGACGACACAACUGUUACAACCGAGACGACCACCGAAAAACCUGAGGAUGAUACUACGGUAGAAGAUUCAACACCGAUUCCUGAGGAAUCUACCACUGUCCCCCAGGACACAACUAAUGAUCCUGACGGGAGCACCACAAGUGAAGACGACACAACUGUUACAACCGAGACGACCACCGAAAAACCUGAGGAUGAUAGUACGGUAGAAGAUUCAACACCGAUUCCUGAGGAAUCUACCACUGUCCCCCAGGACACAACUAAUGAUCCUGACGGGAGCACCACAAGUGAAGACGACACAACUGUUACAACCGAGACGACCACCGAAAAACCUGAGGAUGAUACAACGGUAGAAGAUUCAACACCGAUUCCUGAGGAAUCUACCACUGUCCCCCAGGACACAACUAAUGAUCCUGAAGGGAGCACCACGAGUGAAGACGACACAACUGUUACAAUCGAGACGACUACCAAAAAACCUGCGGAUGAUACUACUACACCGAUUCCUGACACAUCUACUACUAUAACCCAGGACACAACAACAGACGAAAGUAGCACGGUUGUGACUACGACAAAUAUUCCCGAGGAGAGCACAACGUUAGACGAUUCUACCCUAUCACCUGGGGAAAACAGUACUGCAGGACAAGUUUCCACAAGUUCCACGCCAGUAUACGAUACUACGAGUAGUCCAAUUCCAUCUUCCUCAAGAUCCACAACCUUAGAACCCUCAUCAAGUUCAUCCCCUGAAACCACAACUUCAAGUUUACCACCAUUUUCUUGUAGUACCGGGUAUCAAUAUUUACCCCACCCAACAAAUUGUCACAAAUAUAUUCACUGCAGCAACGGAAAUGAACUAAUUAUGGAGUGCCCAGCUAAUCUUUACUGGGACUAUCACAAAUUUGUUUGCAGUGGAGACUCAGGUGUUUGCUACAACGACGAUGAAAAUGCCAAUCCAGAGGAGAAGGUUUGCGGACCUGGAGUGGAUUUCCUUGCACAUCCAACGGACUGCACCAUGUAUUUGCAGUGUAGCAAUGGCGUGGCAUUGGAGCGCAAGUGUCCAGAUCCGCUGUAUUGGAACCCGGAGAUAAAGUCAUGUGAUUGGUCCAAUAAAUACUGCACAAAUCUUCGGGCGAGUCAAUCGAUUUCUUGCGCAGCGGGCAUGAAUUUUGACGUUUUUCAAAGCGAUUGCUCCCAAUACGUCAAGUGUUUUGGCUUGAGAGGUGUUGUAAUGAGCUGUAAUUCAGGACUUUACUGGAAUCCCGUUAGUCAAGCCUGCGAAAAGUCCAGGCGGUUCUGCACAUAAGAAUGCGGUGCAAAGGCAUUCUUCAUUGGACCCUCCAAACACCCAAGAAAUUAAUUAAAAAUAAGGCGAAUUAUAACAAAUUUAUUUAUACUGCGAAAAUUACCAAUCGAUUAAAAAAAGUUAGCAAAUUUAUUAA